AUGCAAGCGGUUCAGAAAGCUCCAGAAGGCACACCGGCUGCUGGAGGAAUGUUUGUGGUAAUAGUGCAUUCGGCUGAGGAUGUUGAAGGAAAGCACCAUACCAAUCCUUACGUGCACAUCUACUUCAAAGGGGAGGAGAGAAAAACAAAGCAUGUAAAGAAGAACAAAGACCCAAAGUGGAAUGAGGAGUUCUCCUUUAUGCUGGAGGAGCCUCCAAUCCAUGAGAAAAUGCACGUGAAAGUGUUUAGCACCUCUUCCAGGAUAGUGUUUGUACUGAGAUGCGCCUCGGUAGAGGCUGCCUACGUACCCUUUGAAGGGAUCAAGCCACGAGGAGCUAAGUUGUUUAGCGAUGGAUCCGCUUGCAGUAAAGGGUUUGGCGAUACGACUUCGUUUGGAGAUAUGGCUCUACUUGGCGGGAUGGCUAUAAUGUUGGCUCAUCACGACGAGGGAGUCUUGACUUGUCACGUAAUGGUGAGGGAGUCUUUCGAAGAGAUUAACAUGGCAUGGAGAGCUUGGAAGCUGGUUCGUCAGGGAGCUGGUUCGUCAGGGAGCUGGUUCGUCAGGAGGCGGUUCGUCAGGGAGCUGGUUCGUCAGGAGGCGGUUCGUCAGGGAGCUGGUUUGUCAGGGAGCCGGUUCGUCAAGGAGCCGGUUCGUCAAGGAGCCGGUUCGUCAGGAGUCGGUGUGUGGCCUCUAAAAUCUCAGGGUCGACCCUCUGAUUUGAGAUUUUUUCUUAAAUCAACUUUCUCUAGCUUCAAGUUUCACGAUCAUUACAAAAUAAUAAAAUAA